AGCAUUAGCGAGGGGCGCUCAGGGCAGAGCGGCUGCAGCCCGCCGAGCCCCCCCCCCCCAUGGCUUCGCCGGCCCCGCCCUCCUCCCUGUGAGCCGCGGGCCGCCGUUUCCAUAGCGACCAAGGCCGCGCCGCAAGAUGGCGGCCGCGCUGAGGCGGCCUCGGCGGCGUUUCUCGGGCAGCCCCUGCCCGCCAUGAUCACUGCUCUUCUCUGGGCGCUGCUGCUGCUGCCGGGGUCUGAGCCCCCCACGGGGCGGGCCCAGACCCCGGCCCCGCCAGGGAACCCCGUCUUUCAGCCUUCUUUUAUUCACAUGUCUGGGCCCACAGUCAGUUCAUUUUUAGUUGGGAAUUCAGCAGAUGUUGUUCUGGCUAUAAAUGUAAUUCAUGUGAACAUUGAGACAGGAAUGUUGCCUACUGUUGCCUACUGCAGUGGGAGUAACAGAUAUGGUGAAUGGAGUUUGAAUGUUUCUUAUGGUAUGAAUGUUUCGAAAGUGACUGUAACCUUGAUGAGAAACCUGCAGCUGUGUUUGUCUAAUGCAACUGAUUGCUGCAUGGAGCCACUUUGCGUUGUUGAGACUCUUCAAGUUUCUGCUUGCCGUGGUUCAACAAUUUUGGCAAAUCUCCUGAUUCAAGCUGAAAUAUAUGCCAACUCUUCCUUUACAGGAAAUGUGUCAGAAAAUGCAACAGUCAUCCCUAACCAAGUGUUUCAGCCCCUUGGCUCUUGUCCUUGUAACCUGACUGCUGAAAUUUGUGAUAUUCGUUGUUGCUGUGAUCUGGAAUGCACGCCAGAUUUGAAGCAAUUGUUCAGUGGAUCAUGUUUUGCUGGAGUGUUUGGUGGGAAUGUAAACCUGCCUUUUGACCAAUUGUGCUCUGUUCAGACAACGAACAGUGCUCCUGACUGGUUUCCCUUCUUGUGUGUACAGUCUCCUCUUAACAAUUCACCAUUUCUUGGCUACUUCUACCAUGGCUCUGUUUCUUCAUCUCUAGUUUCUUCAUUUAAGAUUCCUUUGCAAACUGUUCCAGAAAAACCUUUAAGUGGUUACAAACAAAGAGACCCAAUUAUGACAAUAGAGAAUGAGUAUUUUACAAUUCGUCAGCGAUCCAUGGCUGGGCAGUGUGUUGGAAACGCCCCAGUAGCAUUCCUUCAGAAUUUUGAUGUUAAAUGUGUUACUAGUCUCUCAGCUUACAAGAAUGGAUUGUCUCAUAAUGUGAUGAUAAACAGUGGUACUGGAGACACCAUCCAACAAAAUGUGAUCUAUGGGAGUGUAACUAAUGUACGUAACUUCAUCACUAAACCAGAAGACAUUCAGCAUACUGAGGUUUUAUGUAUAAAUGUGACCUUUGCAGAAUAUUAUAUGUUCAUAUGGAAAGGCAAGACAAUAGAGGAAAUAAAUGUCACAGUCCUCAUUGGAGAAUUAUGUGAUGGAGAAAUACUGACACAGCGAUUUUCAGUAAACUUUGUAAGCUUCAAUAGUACUAAUACAACAGAACUAUCUGGGAAUCCAGGUUACCAAGUUGGCAAACCUGUUAGAGCAGUAAAUAUUUCUUCAGAUACUGUUACCACUCUAAAACUUUGGCAGCCAGUUGGCAGUGGUUUGUGUACAUCAGCAACUUUCUCACCAGUUCUGUUUGGAUUAAAUUCACUAUCUGGAUGCAUUUUAGAAGUUAAUAUUAAUGAAGAUUGCGGUCAGUUAAGGGAGGAUGUAACUGAUAGACUUAAUUCAUUAAUACAAGCUACUCAUGUUGGGAAGAGAGGCAACUCAAGUUACAGUGAUCUAAAUGACUUGGUGGAAAUAAUACGUUUAGAUCCACCUUAUUCUAGUGCAAAUGCAAGUGCUGGAAAUUUGAACGGCAUCUGCUCAGAUAUUCCUGCUAACCUGAAUAUUCACAUAAUCACUGCUGAUGUGGGAGCAGUAGAAGGGAUUGCACAGGAAGAGAUACUCGGUGUACAGAUCAGUUUUUCAACAGUGAUAUGGCAGUUCCAAUGUGGGAUUAUCUGCGAAAAUAAGUCCAGUUCUCUUCCUAUCACUGCUUCAGUCCAAUUUAUUAAAGUACCAGCUCAACCACCUAUUCCAAUGACGAGAUUUCAGAUUAACUAUACAGAAUAUGACUGCAAUCGAAAUGAAGUUUGCUGGCCACAACUCUUUUAUCCAUUGACAUGGUAUUACACAGGAGAACCAUACUCUCAGUGUCUUGCCAAAGGCUUGAUACUGGCAUUUUUCUUUCUACUCGCAGUUGUUCUGAGUAAUCCUUGGAGCAGAAUCCUUAAAGUGUGAAAUAAUACUACAGUUUAAAAUUUGAGAGUAUAAAGAGAACCAUUUUAUUAAUGCAUUUUUUUACACUUUUGUAUUCAACCAAUGUUUUGAUAAGUAGUACUUUUAUUAUAAAGCUUGUGAAAAAAGUAAUUUCUGGAUUUUGUGUAUUUUUAUAUAAAUACUCAGAUGUAAAAUUAAUGUCUGUUCUAUAUGGAAUAUGGUUGUAUUAGGUUUUUAAAAAAAGAUAAUCUGUUAAUGGCUAGAUGCUGUAAAUGGAUCUGCCAGAGUGCAUUCCUAUGACAUUGAUUUUGGGGGUGCACUGCAUGGGUUCAGAAAUGUGCUUCGGUGGAUUCAUACCUAAACUGUAAGACAUUUACCGAUAAAAGAUAUAAACUUCAGUUAAUGAUUGAUUCAAGCACACAACUAGUGUUCUCUAAGCAAUUUAAGAUUGAGCUUUACAGUUAAUUUAGGUUUUCCAUUUUGCUGGAUCACUCUGGAAAUAAAUCAUUUGGAAUAGUAGCAAUAAUCCCAAUGGAGCUGGUUUCCCAUUUUAAAAAGCAUCAUCUAAAAAGUUGCUAUAAAUGCCUUAUUUGACUUCA